AUGGCUGCGGAAGCGUCUUUCAAGACUCCUCCUAGUAAACUAGAAGGAACAAGAAGGAAAUCUGGACAAAAUACUUCAUCUACGCUAUCUAUUCCAGCUUCUCCCUUCAUGAAAAAACUGGGAUAUGGAACCGGUGUCAAUGUUUACCUUAUGAAACGGUCUCCCAGAGGGAUCUCUUGCUCUCCCUGGGCUGUGAAAAAAAUAAAUACCAAAUGUAAUUCCACCCAGCAAAGUAUUUAUCAAAAGAGACUGAACGAAGAAGCUAAUAUUCUACAAAACCUUCAGCACCCAAACAUUGUGGGGUUUCGUGCAUUUGCUGAAGCCAAGGAUGGAAGUAUGUGUCUUGCUAUGGAAUAUGGUGGGGAGAAGUCCCUGAAUGACUUGAUUGAAGAAAGAAAUGAAAAACACAAGAAACCUUUUCCAGCUGCCACCAUUCUCAAAGUUGCACUGCACAUGGCAAGAGGCUUGAAGUAUCUUCACAAUGACAAGAAAUUGCUUCAUGGUGACAUAAAAUCUUCUAAUGUUGUCAUUAAAGGUGACUUUGAAUCAAUAAAGAUUUGUGAUGUGGGUGUGUCCUUGCCUCUAGAUGAAAAUAUGAUGGUGAGUGAUCCAGAAGCUGAGUACAUUGGCACUGAGCCCUGGAAACCCAAAGAAGCUCUAGAAAAAGAUGGCAUUAUCACUGAUAAAGCUGACAUCUUUUCAUUUGGGCUGACUUUGUGGGAGAUGAUGACACUUUCCAUACCUCACGUUAAUCUGCUUGGAGAGGAUGAUGAUGAUGCUCUUUUUGAUGAAGCUGACUUUGAUGAUGAUGCCUAUUAUGCAGUGCUUGGAACUCGGCCACCACUCAAUAUGGAAGAGCUGGGCCCUUCAUAUCAAAGAGUUGUUGAGCUUUUCUCCUUGUGUACUAUGGAAGAUCCAAGAAACCGUCCUGCAGCAGCACAAAUUUUGGAUGUUUUGGAGUCACAAGAGUUCAUACAAUAGCCAACCCAAAUUGACUCCUGCAUCAUAUGGCAGCUUCUCUGUUCUCUUCUAGAAAUGUUUCUAGGUGCUAACAUAGUUAUAUUACCUGAAAAUGUUCAAUACAUUUCUAGUUCAAAUGUAUUUAAGAUUAAGUGGCCAUUUUAAACUAUUUAAAAUUGCCACUCUUUUUUUAGGUCAGGUAAAUUAUUUGAAACAGUACGUUUUGUUUUCUUAUUGGUAAGCUGAUGUGAGAACAUGUAGAUGAGGAUGACUAAUUCAGUGUUAAAAUAAAUGGUUUAGUUGGAAGUGACCAAGUCCUCCAACUUCCGUUGUAUUCUAGGCACGUUACUUCAGCUGAAUGUGACUCAGACCUAGUAUUCAUCAUAAUUCAUAAUAAUGAGAAUUUGCAGUUCAUUCAGAAAAUGGCUACACAUGUUGUAAAGGUCAUUUUUCCCCAAUUUUCAGCAAUAAAUAACUGCUUUUGAAGGAUGUUAC